AUGGCGAGUGAACAUCCACGAACACACACGGCGUUAUCGGGGAAAUAUGACGGGUCAGUUGAAACCUGGGCGUCAUACAUCGAACGUUUUGAGCUGUAUGUGGACUGUAAUAGCAUUGACGCGGGUAAAAAGGUCAGUACGCUUUUAACUGUGAUAGGGGUAAAAACGUAUAGUUUGUUGAGAGACCUGUGCACUCCUAAUAAACCGUCGGAAAAGACAUUUAAUGAACUGGUGCAACUUGUGCAAAAACAUUUAUUCCCGACACCUAGCUUCAUCGCGGAGCGAUAUCGUUUUAGUAAGCGAGUACAGUUGGAAGGCGAGUCGGUUGCCGAGUAUAUUGCAAAUUUGAAAAAAAUGACAACCCAUUGUGACUUUGGCGCGUCGCUAAAUGAUUACUUGAGAGACAGACUGGUGAGUGGCAUCAGAAGUGAAAGUGCCAAACAAAAACUUUUAUCGGAAGCCUCGUUAACGUUCGAGCAAGCGACCAAAAUAGUGCUUUCAAUGGAGCAAGCAGAAAAAUCGGCGGCAGCUCUAUCAGUCGGAAGACCCGAGCGGAUCCAUCAGUUGAGCAGCGUGGUGGCCAGGAGGGGGAGAUUCGGAAAUGGCGCACCGCAUUCCCAGACGCAUUCCCAGACAGCACGGAGCGACAACGCUGGAGCGGCCUGGAAGGGAGCAGGGGGAACAGCCAAGGUCAGCGGCGGCACGUCACCAGGGCCUUCUGGAUGGCAGCGGCGAUCUCCGCCAGGUGGCAGUGGCAGUGCGCAAUGUUUAUGUUGUGGCCUUAAUCAGGUGUCAGGGGACACUGAGGAAUUUGUGGAUGAUGUAGCCAAUUUAUUUAGAAUGAAUGAAAAGGUGACUGACAGGGUCAAGGUAGACCCAAUUCAGCUUGAUUUAAUUGUUAAUGGUAAAAGCUUAACGUUUGAGGUUGAUACAGGGGCUUCUGCAUUCGAUAGAGUAAAAGAACUGCUAAGUAGUGAGACUAUCUUAGCGCACUAUGACGGCAAACUUCCGUUGAAGCUGGCGGUAGACGCGAGUUCUUUUGGACUAGGUGCGGUCCUGAGUGUUUGUCACACCAGAAG